AUGUGUAUUGCCAAAUAUCUAAUUGUUUAUUUUAUAUUUUCUUUUUGUAAUUUAUCAAAUCAAGAGGGCAAUUUUAAUCCGUAUGAAACCCUAGGUGUAUCUCGAACUGCAUCAGAUAAAGAUAUCCGUCAAGUUUACAAGAAACUAGCCAAACAUUGGCAUCCAGAUAAGAAUUCCGAGCCGAACGCUCAUGAUCAAUUUACAAAAAUCAAUGCGGCUUAUGAAAUACUGUCCGAUCCGAAGAAACGGCAAGAUUAUGAUCAGUUCGGUACAACAUCGGAAGGAAACCAACAGCGAGGUUUUAAUCCACAUGAUUUCCAUGAUCCAUUCGAUAUGUUUCGAGCACAUUUUUUCCAUGAGACAUCAUCCAAUGCACGGAAGAUCAUUCAUGCGUAUGAGUUCUUAACUGAUAUUCUCCCCAAUAGUUAUACGAAACCUUAUGUGAUUUUCGGAAGUACAAAUUUUUGUUUUCAUUGUCGACGGCCUGCUGAAGUUUUUCGGUCGAUGGAACCACAGUUCAACGAUGUUGGAAUCGGCACAGCUGAGUUCAACAUUCACGAACAACGUUUGAGUAAUGAACUAGGCGUGAUGAACGUCCCAUCGUUAUGUGUAAUUAGUCAAGGUCAGGUUUAUCAUUUCGAAGACCAAGACUAUUCCGAACAAAACAUCAAACAAUUCGUGCGAAAUGCCAUACCCAUACAUCGAUUCGUUCGAAAUUUACAAACCUACGAUGAUAUAACGAAAAUGUUAAUGUCCUACAAUCAAUCAAAUCGCGUUAGUGCUAUUCUGAUAACAAAACAAAAAAUUCCUUCGUUGAAAUUUGUUUUACCCUGUUUGCAAUACCAAACUCGAAUAGAGUGUGCUACAUUUAACUCCGCUGUAAUUAAAAGUAAUCUAUUGCCAUCAUAUCUAAUAUCAAUCUCAAGAACGUCUGAUACAAUUCUACUAUUCAAAGAAGAUACUACUCGACCAGAAGUUGUGAUCAAAGAUAGUGACUUUUCAUUUGAUAACAUUAAAAAAACAUUGGAAUCAAAUCAACUGUUACAUUUGCCAAGUAUUACAAGUGCAAAUGCGUUCAAUCUUGUCUGUCCUAUAGGCUCAGCUAGACCUUGUUUUCUUAUCCUUGGUAAUCGAAAUUUAUUUCAACAACAUUAUUCAACGUUUCUGCAACUUUCCAAACGGUUGUUUGGUGAGCAGAAAUCCCAACUGGCAUAUUUGGACCGUUCAUUAAACACUCAAGUCUUCGCAUCGUAUGUUCGUGAGCGGAACUUACGCAUUCUCGCAAUUCGCCGGUGGUCAGUUCAAUCGAUCGAAAUUCAAGAUACAAAUAUUGACAUUAACGAGAAGCCGGUCGACAUAGUCGACAUCAGUACACAAUUAGAGACAUUCUUUAGCCAUCGUUGGUCAAAUUCGAAGAAACAUUCCGUACCGAACUUUGUCGAUCUUGAUCAAAGAAAUGAAAAUCUAUUUAUUAAACUGUACGAUUCGUUUGGAAAGCGUUGGAAUUACUGGGUUGAACGAAAUGGACUCUUUCGAUAUUUACUAAGUUAUCUUUUUACCUAUCAAUUUUGGAUAAUCACUAUACUUGUUUUAAUCUAUAUUUAUUAUUUAAGAGACGAACCUGAGAUAGAUCAGAAAAAGUCUCAUAAGAUCAAGCAAAUCCAAGUACAUGAAUUUAAUGAAACCUUUCUUCAACGCUGUAGAAAUCCAGGCGCAGCAAAUAGUAUUAUAUUACUUCUGAUUGCUGAUACGCCCGCAGACGAAUGUGUGAAGCAUUUUAAAGAACAAACUCGUUUAAUUAAAGAUUCACGUAUGGUUUAUUCUAUUCUUUAUCGUCAACGAUCACGUCAAUGGCUUAAUGAACUUUCGAAAAAUAUCCUCGAUAAACAAUCUAGUCAAUUUCUCCCAGCAACGGUUCUUGCGCUGUACAUUCGACGAAACUUUUUUGUUUCUUAUGGACAACUUGAUGCUGAUUGUAAUAAUAGUAAUGAGAGCUGUGAACACUCAUCUUCAAAACUAACAUUCUCAGAUUGGAUUGAUUUAUUACUUAAUGGAACUUUUCGUCAACUAAUUAAUGUAACCGAUUGGCCAACAAAAUUUUCUUGA